AAAUCACUCCCUCAAUAGGGACAAAUCAAUAUGACACUUUGAAGCCUAGUGAGUAAUAAUAACAAUAUAACCUAAACUUCCGCAGUGUCACACACACAUUGUCCUCUGUCCAUCAUCCCAUGACUGGGGUCAAAUGACACUCUUAUCUCUCAGGGAAAUACACAGUGGAUACAUACACAUAUAUGAUAUAGAAGUUGUUAAUGCUCAGUGCUGACCUGUGGGUCAAGUGACGUAUUUAACUGGGGUAUUUACUGAGAUGAACAUGCCUGACAAGUUUCCUAUGACAUUUAUUACUUAACAUAAUGUGGAGAUUUAUAGCAGAGGAAUGCACUAAUGAGGCUGCGAUUUACUAACUUAUAUCAGUAUACAACCAGCAGUGUCAGUGGGUAAUGUAGGACAGCUGGCUGUGGAUCUGAUUGUGUCAUCUCUAUCUAUGGAGAGUGUGGGGUACCUGUAUGAUGACAGCAUUCUUCCUGUUAUUGGAAAUGACCCCUACACACAAGACAAGUAUGCCUUGUCCACAGCAUGUGAAGUUUAUCAGUCUACAGAACACAAGCUGGUGGUAGUUCAACAGCGUUCCCCUUUAGUAAAGGGCAAAAGAAAUCAGUUUGUGACCAAGCUGGCCAAGUGGCUGAAGGUCAGUGAGUUCUCACAGGUUGUUCUCUUGACCAGCACCUUCUCACAUGAAAGACUGGAUGUGCAGAUGAUUGGUUGUCAGGAAAGAUUCUUAGCCACAAAACUGAUGGAGGAAAAGCUUGGUAAAAAGUUAAGAGAGGAACUUAAGUGGAAGGAACUUGAAAAACGACCAUCAUUUCCUGCUCCAGCGCCACUUAUGGAGCAAGCGCCAUCUUCCCAGAAUUCCACACUCCAAGCCACUUCCUAUUUACCUGGGGGAGGAAUUGCUAAGUCACUGCUGGAAGAAUGUGAGAAGAUGGACAUCCCUCUGUUGGUGGUCUCUACGUUUUGUUCUGAGGGAGACAAUGUUCCGGACGCACUGAGGCUAGCUUCUCACUUGAACACAUGGCUCCAUCUAGUGAAACCUGGUAGUGCUGGUGACACUUCACAGGGUGGCUGGGUUACCCCGUCGUCAUGGCAACACUUAUUUGGCAGCACAUUUGACCAAAUGUUAUACCAGUGAUAAAUAUUUACUAUUCCUCUGGACUUCUCAAGAAUCUGAUGGCUGCUAAGCCUUCUGCAUCAGACCUGGACAUUAUUUAAUCCAGGCAGCAUUCGUUGGUGCAGUGUAUUCUUUCUCUCACAAAAUGCAGAGUGGCAAGGAAUUGCUAACAAAUUUGCUGUAGCAGUCAAAACCCAGUGAAGGAUCUCAGCUGUGGUGAAGACUAAUUUAAAUUUAUAAUCCUUGGGUGUUUUUUUUUUUUUUUUCUACUUCUCUUGACUGAAGAAACUUUAAAAACAUUUUUAUACUUAAAAUUGUUCAUCUUCGUCUCGUACUUUCUAUCAGGUCACAUUACGAUUAUUAUCACCUAUGGGUGAAAAGUUAAGAACACCGCAGGAACGAAGGAAAAAGAACACAUGUAGCAAAUGAAUGAAGAACAACUGGCAUAGAUGUAAACACUAACAUUGAAACUAUGAACAACUAGGAGGCAAUACGUAGUUUGAACAGGAAGUUUAACUUUUAUUAUCAUUAUUAUCAUUAGAAUAGAUGACAAUGUGCUCUGCAAGCCAGGAAGCUCAGAUAUACAGACAAAUCAAAAGAUGACCCCUAGGGGCACACCUUUAAUUUCAACUUAAAAUGUUUGAAUUCCAAUUCAAAUGUUACAUCUUCCUGAAAAGCAUUUUACUAUACAGAGUAGCAGAAAAAAAUCAAUUUUAAUGGUAUAAAUUAUACAUUUGCUGAACUUACCAGUCUUAACUGGCUAAAAUGAUUGAUCCAGCGUGACUUGUACAUUCUGUAUUAAGAUACAAUCUGGGGUAUUAUGUGUUAUAACACUUCAAUAAACAAUGGACUUUUCUACAGUCAUCUUAACAACUUGGAUGUUAAAUACAGCAUGCCUAACAUUGACCAAAUUAAUCCACAGAAUUCUUCAAAAAUAAAACCUUACAUGCAGAAGUAUGAAUACCAUUGUUCUAUUCCAAAUUUCAAAAUAAAAUUUCACGCAGUUUUGACACAGAUUGUUUCUGAGUCAAGAUUUGAAACUUUGCGAGAGCUUUUUACAAAUACGCCAUGUUCUUUAUGUGGACAAAAUGCAGAACUUUCAAAUACAAACUUUUGGAUAUUUUUUUACAACUGAUACCAGUACAAAACAUUGCAAAACAGCUCCUUGAAAACAAUUCCCUAGAGCAGCUCAUUUAUCAACUCAUCACAAGAACAG